AAUUUUGUAUCUAGCAACCUUCUAAUUUUAUUGUCUAUAGUAAUUUACACCAUGUGGUUUUACAAUUAUGAAAAUAUGUUCCUCAGUAUCUCAGCAGUGGUGUGGUAGCUCAAAUAUUCUCUAAAUUUUAAACUUUGAAGCAUAUCACCAAAAUGCUUUUUACCAGUGAAAUUUCAGUUUGAUGGCCCCCAAAAAUGCACAAGAGGAUCUACUCUCUGUUAGUGCUUGUGAUUUUACUGGUGUUUAAUUAAGCCUUUAUUAGGUAAGUGUACAAUAGGAAUUUCUGUUUUCCUUUCCGAUCAUUCUCUUUAAAUGUGUAUUGGUCAUUUUAUUCCUAUUUGUGCCUCUUCUACAUUUUUCUUUGAUAUAACUGCUUUUCCUUUGUAAAAUGUUGUGCUUCUUUUAUUCUGUUUGUUUUCUUUUCAGUGUUGUUUAUGAUUUUUUUAAGCCUUAGAAAUUUUUUUUUUUAGAGUUUAGUACAUUAGAGGCUUGAGAGGUGGCUCAGUUGUUAAGAGCAUUUGGUUUGUUUGUUUGUUUGUUUGUUUUGCGGAGGACCCAGGGUCCAUUCCCAGCACCUAUAUGAUGACUUAUGAUGAUUUAUAACUCCAGGUACAGUGGGAUCCCCUAUCUCAGAAAAUCAUGUGAAGAAUGAUUGAAGAAGAUACCUGAUGCUGACCUCUGGCCUCCACAUGCACUCAUACAUAGGCAUGUAGAAGUGUCCCCAGAGAAAUGUUUAUUGGUUCAUUUAUAAUAUCCUGUCAGUGUGGCAUUCAGCUUUGUACCUCCUUUUUGUGAAACUUUCUCUGCUGUGGGAUGGUCUGUAUGUCAAGUGUGUUGCUGAUUGGUCAAUAAAUAAAUCAUUGAUUGGCCAGUGGCCAGGCAGGAAGUAUAGGCGGGACAAGGAGGAGAAUAAAGCUGGGAAGUGGAAGGCUGAGUCAGAGAGACACUGCCAGCCGCCAUGAUGAGAAACAACAUGUGAAGAUGCUGGUAAGCCACGAGCCAUGUGGCAAGGUAUAGAUUAAUGGAAAUGGAUUCAUUUAAGCUGUAAGAACAGUUAGCAAGAAGCCUGGCACGGCCAUACAGUUUGUAAGCAAUAUAAGUCUCUGUGUUUACUUGGUCGGGUCUGAGCGGCUGUGGGACUGGCAGGUGAGAGAGAUUUGUCCUGACUGUGGGCCAGGCAGGAAAACUCUAGCUACAUUUCUCCUUUUUAUAUACAUAUAAAUGUAUAUAUAUCCCUGAGGGGCUGGUGAGAUGGCUCAGUGGUUAGGAGCACUACUACUCUUCCAGAAGUCUCAGGUUUGAUUCCCAGCACUCACAUGGUAGCUAACAACAAUCUGUAACUUCAAUUUCAGGAGAUUCAAUGCCUUCUUCCAGCCUCUGUGGGAACUAGGCAUGCAUGAGGUGCACAGACAUGCAUGAAGGCAAAACAUCCACUCACAUAAAAUAAAAUAGAAAUAAAUGAAUCUAAAAAUGUUUUUAAAGUAUAUCCUCAUUGAUAUAUCACCUGCCUAGCAUGUGCAAGCCCCUGGGUUCCAUCCCUGCACUGCAAAAAUGAGUAAAUAAACACAUGCUGCAUGUAUCCUUAUAGCAUGUUUUUAAGGCAUUUAAUGAUUUUGUUCUCAGACUAGGUGUCAUAACACACGCCUGUAAUAGCUGCACCUGGGAAUCUGAAACAGGAGACCUGUGAGUUCAGCACCAUGCCGGGCUACAUAGCAAGAUGAGAGAGAAACUGAGAGACAGACUGACUGUCAUGGUGGUGCUACCCUGUAGUUCCAGAGCCUAGGAGACAGAUGGACAGGGAACUCAUGAGUUUGAGGCUAUCCUGAUCUACACAGUAAAUUUGUGGCCAUUUAAGCUACAAUAGGGAGACCCUGUCUCAAAAGAAGACUAAGGGUGUGCCUAGCAUAUGCAAAGCCCUGGGUUCCAAAUCUAGCACCAGAGAAAACAAAUUAUAUUUUCAAAAAUAUAACAAUUUAAUAACUUUGCAUUUAAUUCAUUUUUACCAGAAUGGGAUACCAUUACUGAGAAUGAGGAGGUGACAUCAAAGCUGAGUAGUUUCCAAAGAGCAGACUAUAAAAAAGGAACAUCAAAAAGACUUCAAUAUGGUGAUAUUUUAUUUGUGCUGAAAUGUAGUUUUAUUUGUAUGUUAAUAAAUAAAGUUUGCCUGGAGAUCAGAGGUCAUAGCGAGCCAUAAGCAGAGUCAGGCGGUGGUGACACGCACUUAAUCCAAUCACAUGGCAGGCAGAGUCUCUGUGUGUUCAUGGACACAGCCUGGGUGGUGAUGAACCUUUAAUUCCAGUACCAACCAUAGAGACCUGGAGGUCUGUAUAGACAGGCAGUGAUGAGGAAGUCAUGUGGUUGGGUUUAGAGCCAAUUAGAAGGCAGAACAGAAAGGCAAUAAAAACACAAGUCAGACAGGAAAAAACUCUCUCUCUGGGGCAAUUGCUCUGAUCUCUUUGGCUAUUUCCUCUGUAUUUGGCUCUGUGUUUCUUAUUUACUAAGACUGUUUAGUAAAAGGCGAAAGAUUUAUACCAUCUGAAGAGAAACUGGAGUAUAAGACUGUUUAGAAUUUUGUCUACACUUCAAGAACAUAUUUCCCAUGUCUUUGAUUUUGAAAAAGAGUGUGAAUAGCAAGUUUUAACAAGUCAGUUAGAAAAUGAAACCAAGGAAAAAGUAGAUAUAGUGAAGGAAGGUUCCCUUUGUAAAUGUGAAUGAGAAGAAGAAGAAAAGACCCCACAAGAAAAAUGAGUGGAGGGAAUUUGAAGAAAACUUGACCUUGGAUUGAGCUCCUUGUGGGUGUUUAAUAGGUACUGAAGAAAAGAAGCUUUAUAAAUGUAAUAUAUGUUAUAAACAUUUUAGUAAAAUCUCCCAUCUUAUGAACCAUCAAAGAAUCCACACUGGUGAGAAACUUCAUAAUGUAAGGAGUGUGGAAAAGGCUUUAUUCGGCGCUCAAGCCUUCUAAUGCACUUAUGGAACCGUUCUGGGGGAGAACCUUUCAAAUGCAAUGAAUGUGGGAAACGCAUUCUCUCAAAGUGCUUAUCUUCUAAACCACCAGAGAAUUCACACCAGGGAGAAACCAUAUAAAUGUAAGGAGUGUGGAAAGGGCUUCUACAGACACUCGGGCCUUUUUAUACAUCUCCGACACCAUUCAGGGGAGAGACCAUAAAAAUGUGAUGAAUGUGGGAAGGUUUUCUAAGAAUGCUUACCUUAUUGACCACCAGAGGUCCCACAAAGGGAAAGAACCUUAUAAUGCAACAAGUGUCAAAAAGCUUCCAUUCUCAAGAGCCUUAUUCUGCACCAGAUAAUCCACUCUGGGGAAAAAAACCCUAUAAAUAUGAUGAAUGUGGGAAAACAUUUGCUUAAACCACCUACCUUGUUGACCAUCAGCGACUUUACAGUGCAGAGAACCCUUAAAAGUGAAAGGAAUGUGGAAAAAUUUUCAUUCGAAGCAAAAGCCUCCUCUUACACUCGUGAGUCUACACAUAGAAGAAAACUUUGGUUGUAAGAAGUGUGGGAAGAUUUUUAGUUCUGAGUCAAAUCUCAUUGACCAUAAAAGGAUACACAGCAGAGAGAAACCUUUCAAAUGCAAUAAUUGUGGCACACCUUUUCUCAGGGAGCUUCCCUGUUUGACCAUCAGAGUCUCCACAAUGGAGAAAAGCCCUAUGAAUAUAAUCAGUGUGGGAAAGUUUUUAUUCUGAAGAAAAGCCUCACUUAGCAUCAAAGGUUCCAUAUUGGAGAGAAUCUCUAUGAAUGCAAAGACUGUGGUAAAGUAUUUGGAUCCAACAGACACCUUCUUGACCAUGAGAGACUAUAAUGGGGAGAAGCCAUAUGAAUGUGGAGAGUGUGGGAAAACCUUUAUUAUGAGCAAGCUUCAUGGUCCAUCAGAAACUCCAUAACCAGGAGAAAGCUUACAAAUUCAAGGACUGUGGGAAGGCUUGCUUGUACAUCACAGAAUCCACACUGGAGAAAAGCUUUUUGAAUGUAGUGAGUGUGGGAGAGCUUUUAGUUCAAACAGGAACCUCAUUGAACAUAAGAGAAUCCACAAUGGUGAAAAGCCCUAUGAAUGUAAUGAAUGUGGAAAGUGCUUCAUUCUGAAAAAAAAAAGCCUCAUUGAGCAUCAUAGGAUUCACACAAGGAAAAAAUCCUACAAGUGCAAUGACUGUGGAAAAGUCUUCAGUUACCACUCAAACCUGAUAGCCUAACAGAGAAUCCACACUGCUGAGGAGCCCUAUGAGUUAAUGAGUGUGGGAAAUGCUUUACCUACAACAGAAACUUUAUUGAACGUCAAAGAAUUCAGUGGAGAGAAAACUUAUGAAUGUCAUAUAUGCAGAAAAGUCCUUAUCUCUAAUUAAAAAACUUAUGGUACAUCAAAGAAUCCACAGUGGAGAGAAACCUUAUAAAUGUGGGGAGUGUGGGAAAGAUUUUAGUCAAAAUAAAAACCUCGUGGUACAUCAGAGAAUGCACACUGGGGAUAAAACCUCAUGAGUGUGAGAAAUGCUAGAAAUCUACUCAGGGGAGAAACCCUAUGGGUGUAAUGAUUGUAGCGAAGUUUUUAGGCAAAGAAAAAAAAACCUACUGUACAUCAGAAAGUUGACACAUGAAAAACACUGUGAAUGUGUGGGGUCCACAAAGGAAUUCUUGCAGACUUCAAGACUUCACCUAUAACAAAAAAAUUCAUACUGUGGAAGAAUUAUUUUUGUUGCAAAUAUGAGUCCCAGAGAGAGAUUCAGUAUAAGGGUGCUUACCAGCAUGCAUAAGAUACUGGGUGUGAACUCCAAAACAGUAAAAAAGAAAAAUAGUCACAUGCAAAAUAAAAUGCAAUCAUAUGGAAAUAACUAUGGCAGCUUGUAAGAAAAUGGCCCCCAAAAGGAGUGGCACUAUUAGGAGGUGUGUCCUUGUUUGAGGAAGUGUGUCACUGUGGGGGCAGGCUUUGAGGUCUCUUUUUCUCAGGCUUCCCUUAGUGUGACAGUCAGUUGACUUCCUGCUACCUUCUGGUCAAGAUGUAGCCAUCACCAUGUCUGCCUGCACACUGCAAUGCUUCCUGUCAUGAUGAUAAUGGACUGAACUUCUGAAACUGUAAGCCACCACCUCAAUUAAAUGUUUUGUUUGUAAGAGUUGCUGUGGUCAUAGUAUUUCUUCACAGCAAUAAAAACCCCUAAGACACUGUUGGACACACCUAGGUCUUAAUGGGGAAAAACAAACAAACAAACAAACAAAAAAACAACUCAUGACCACUCUCAUGGACAAGUUGAAGAGACUUUAUUUAGACUUCCACACCUAGAAAAACAAUCUAAAUUCUAAUUAAGAGAUAGUCUUUUUUCACCCUGGAAAGAGGCUUUGAAGCAUUUUAAGGCUCUAAAGAAACCAAGUUUGUCUCAUAAAAAGGUAAUGGUGAAGUUGUAACCAAUAGCAAAUUUUUUUUUUAAUUUAAGAACUGGGCAUUGUUCCUAACAUUUGCAUCAUACAUUUUUAAAGAUAGCAUAGAUACUACAGAAAAUCUAUAUAAACAGAGUGAUCCAGAGUUGUGAGAUGUGGAAUUGAGUGGGAAGAGUCUGCUGCCUGAGAACAACCUAGGGAGAGCACUGAAUUUAGAAAGGAAGACAUGGGUUUAGGUUCUGGUUCUUCCCAUACUAUGUGAUGUCAUUACAUCAGCCCCUAGAGUUUCUUUCAUAAUGCUUGUUUCAUUUACCUUUUCAUGAGGGGUAAGUGAAAGGAUCUUCAUAAAAAUACUUUGUGAAAUAAUUCACUUGUCAACAAAGUUGAUGAAAGAGGUAUGUAUGGUCAGAGUACAUGGCAUGAUGUAAAUUUGUGUCAGAAUUACUACAAAGAUACUCAUUUGUUUAAGAGGAAUUUGAAUUUAGAAUUCUAAAGAAUAGACUUUAAAAAUAAAGCUUGGGGGGUGGGCAAUGCUGAGGAGAUGGCUCAGAGGUUAAGAGCACUGGCUGCUCUUCCAGAGGACUCUGGUUCAAAUCCCAGCACCCACAUGGUAGCUCACAACGGUCUAGCUUCAACAUAUUCACACAGACAUACAUGCAGGCAAAACAACCAAUGCACAUAAAAAAAUAAAAAAGUAAUCAUUAAAUAAAUAAAGCUUGGGGCUGGAGAAAUGGCCCAGUGGUUAUGUGCCCUUGCUGCUCUUGCAGAGGACCUGAGUUUGGUUCCCAACAGCCACAUUUCUGGUCACAAUGACCUAUAACACUAGCUCCAGAAACCCUCUUGAUGCCUGUUAGGGCACCUGCAUACAUGUGGCACACAUAUACAGACAUUCUUACAUAUAAAUAUAAAAAUUGUUUCAAAAGAUUAAAAAUAAGGGCUAGAGAGCAGGCUCAGUAGUUCAGAUUCUGUACUGCUUUUUCAGAGAUCCAAGCUCAAUUCCCAGCACCCAUUUAAUCUGGUAUACAUGUACUAUGGAAUACUUAACCAUGUAAUAGAUGGUCUCAAUGUCAUAGUGACCCUCCAGCCACAGCCUCUCAAGAGCUGGGAUCAUAGAGGUGAGCCACUAAUCUUUGGCUUGAUAUUGUAAAAUUGCUUAAGAUUUACCCAUUGAGGGGACCUGAAUGAAGGGUGCUGUCUUGACAACUUGUGCGUUUAUCAUUUCAAACACACAAAAUUAAAAAGCCAUAACCGAGCUAGGCGGUGGUGGCACAAGCCUUUAAUUCCAGCACUUGGGAGGCAGAGGCAGGCAGAUCCCUAUGAGUUCAAGGCCAGCCUGGGCUACAGAGUGAUUUCCAGGAAAGGCAAAAAGCCAUAACUGUAGUGCUGUGAAGCUAAUUUGGGGGCGGAGAGCAAUUUUGAAAUUUUGUGGAUUUUCUUGUUUUUGGUUUUGGUUUUUUGUUAGAUUUGAUUUUUAAUUUUGAGACCAGUUCUUUUUGUGUAGCCCUAGCUAACCUGGAACUCACUAUGUGGACCAGGCCAACCUUCAGCGCAUCAGAUUCUGCCUCCCAGGUGCUGGGAUUAAUGGUGUGCACCACUACUCCUAAUAAUUUUUAAAUAUUUUAAGACAGUUGAAUAAAUCUGAAUAUGAAUGAUUGUAAUUUUUCUUUUUGGCAAUGAUGGUGUUAUUGGAGAAUGUUCUUAAGGGAUACACAUUGAAUACUUGAAAUAAAGCGUUUUUGUGUUUAUAAUUUCCAAAAUUGACCUUAAUUAUGUCUGAGAAUUAAGGUAAAUACUGUCCAGAUGAAUGAUAAGGGUAUUCAUUCCUUCAAUUUUUCUGUACCGUUCGCUAAUUUGAAAAUUAAAAUGUUUUCUACAAUCUCCCAGGAUUUUCUAUUUGGCAGCUCUGAGUAGGUGCGUGCCUUACAAGAAUGCCCCUGCCCUGCCCUGCCCGCUAAUUCCAGCCCUCCUCUAUCUCACCACUAUUCGGAAAUGCACCGAGGAGGAGGACCUCCUAGAUUCCUAGAGAGAUCGGCCUGUCGUCUGGGGAGCCGGAAGCCCUUCCCGAGGCACUUCCUGUCCGGUCAUUGUUCUCUCCCCGCUUACUGCAGAGAGGCUCUGUGGUCUCAUUCCGAGAAACUGGCCCUGGCGUGCUGGGCCACCGUGGUGAGCGUGUCGCGGCGGGCGGGGAGAGGGACAGGAUCGCUCUGCACCGACCCAUCGCCUCGCGGGCUCGGGAGGAACAGUACUCAUCUUGGCACUGGGAAGAAACUCAGAAGCCUUGGAGACUUGAAGAUUAGAUAGGGUGUGGCCAAUGUUGGGCAUUCCUCAGCUAUUCAAAGAUUCCCCAUUGAACAAAGAUGACUGCAGAAUUGAAAAAGACCAUGGGCCGAGCCUCUUGGAGCCCAGUGAAGGUGAAAAAGGAAGAGGAUGAGGAUGAAAGUAUAAGUCAGGCAUCUGGUCAACAAGUGUACUCUGAGAAUAUCAAGGUCUGGGCCCCCGGGGAAGGUCCUUAUUUAAGCAUUGAUGUAUCAGAAGAGGAGGAAAAGGGUCAGAAAAUGUUCUGGGACAUGGCAGUGGUCCUAAAAGCAACACAGGAGGCUGCUGCUGCUGCACCCCUUGGAAGCUACUCAUUACCAGGGACUCUGGCCAAGAGUGAAAUCCUGGAGCAUCAUGGGAACCCAGCCCUGCUAGGUACUGAAACCAAGAACCUACAGUUACUGGUUCCUAAAACAGAGAUAUGUGAUGAAGCAGAAGAGCACCCCAGGAUUUUAGGAAGAAUCCAGAAAGGUGACCUUCAAGGCCCUGAGCUAGGAGAAUCUUAUGAAAAGGGAAAUGUGUUAAAAAGGCAGAAAAUAAAGAGGGAAAAAAGAGAUAUAAGAAAAAUAACUGUGAAAGACUGUCCAUUGUCUGAAAACUUCAGAGAAGACGAAGACCAGAAAUCUAGGAAGUCUAAGAGGAAAUAUAGCCUUAGUUCUGGUCCAGCUAAAAAUCAGAAAAUACAGCCUGGGCAAAAGCCUUUUACAUGUAGUGAGUGUGGGAAAGGCUUUAGUCAGAGUGCAAACCUUGUUGUGCAUCAACGAAUCCACACUGGGGAGAAACCCUUUGAGUGUCAUGAGUGUGGGAAGGCCUUCAUUCAGAGUGCAAACCUUGUUGUGCAUCAGAGGAUCCACACUGGACAAAAACCCUAUGUUUGUGCAAAGUGUGGGAAGGCUUUCACUCAGAGUUCAAAUCUGACUGUACAUCAGAAAAUUCACUCCUUAGAAAAAACCUUUAAGUGUGGUGAAUGUGAGAAAGCCUUCAGUUACAGUUCACAACUUGCUCGGCACCAGAAAGUCCAUAUAACUGAAAAAUGCUAUGAAUGCAAUGAAUGUGGAAAAACAUUUACUAGAAGCUCUAACCUCAUUGUCCAUCAGAGGAUCCACACUGGGGAGAAGCCUUUCGCCUGUAAUGAUUGUGGCAAAGCCUUUACCCAGAGUGCAAAUCUUAUUGUGCAUCAGCGAAGCCAUACUGGUGAGAAGCCAUAUGAGUGUAAAGACUGUGGGAAAGCCUUUAGUUGUUUUUCUCACCUUAUUGUGCAUCAGAGAAUUCACACUGCAGAGAAACCUUAUGACUGCAGUGAAUGUGGAAAAGCCUUCAGUCAACUCUCUUGCCUUAUUGUCCACCAGAGAAUUCACAGUGGAGAUCUCCCUUAUGUGUGUAAUGAGUGUGGGAAGGCCUUCACUUGUAGCUCAUACCUACUCAUUCAUCAAAGAAUCCAUAAUGGGGAAAAACCUUAUACGUGUAACGAAUGUGGUAAGGCCUUCAGACAGAGGUCGAGCCUCACUGUCCACCAGCGAACCCACACCGGGGAGAAGCCCUAUGAAUGUGCAAAGUGUGGUGCGGCUUUCAUUUCUAACUCACACCUCAUGCGACACCACAGAACCCAUCUUGUUGAGUAGCAAGGAAGAGGAUAUUUCCCUGCUUUUGGUCAUAGCCUACUGCUCCCAAUAGUAGGCACCUCUGUUCUGCUUUAUUCUCCCUUUGGUAAAACAAAGCCUAUACCCUUUAAAGUUACUUUCCUGGAAGGGAAAGUAACACAAGCAUUUCAGAAGCUAAUUUAAAGAAAAUAAAAUUUAAACAUCUAAAAGCCAAGAACUUUGUUUUAACUGUAGCCUAAGCAGUUAUGUUUUCUGAAAUGGAAUGGGGCUUUUUUUUUUCCUAUUCAUAUAUUCACUGGCCCCAAUCCAGCUAAGCUGAGAUCAGAUGAAAUCAUGCACUGUGGGUGGCGUGGGAGCAGAUGGAUCGUGGCUUUUAUAGGAAUGGGUCCUGAUGAAUAUAUAUGUAAUGAGCUUAUUUGGGGAAAAGUUUUUGUUCAGUACUCCUUUUUUAAAAUUAUGAACUAAUUGAGCAAUAAGCAAGUUGUCCUGGCUAUAUUCUGGAGCUUUUAACUUCAUGUCUGUCUAGUAUUCUGAAUGAAGCAAUAACUAAGUAAUCACCUGACCUAGCAUUCACCAACUCAGCUGUGAACAUUCCAGAAGCUUUCCCAUCACCAAAGUCUUAAAAAAAGAAAAAGAAAGAAAAAUAAAACCAAGCCUUUAACAAGCUGCUUCUUUGAAGUGACAGGAAGUAGAAAACAGCCUUUUCCCUUAUUGUCUGUACCUCCCAAACCUUGACAUUGCAAAGUUCUAGGACCACUGACAUGUCUGUUCUGAGUAUUCCCUUAUCUAAACGGCCAGGUGGUUAGGGACUGAUGGAGACACCAAAUUCCAGCAACUUUGAUUUACUAAGAUUGAGAACUGUCAGUAAACAGCUCCGCUCCCUAAAUUCCUAUAAUAUUUCUUUGGGUAAGGUGCUACUAACAUUCCCCAGUAAGGAGACAUGCCCAGGUUGUCUCUGAUAUCAUUCUCCCUAUGACUAGCAAGUUUCAGUGGGUUUCAUUCUCACAUUCUGGAUGGCAUUUAGAAAAAGUAGUGGAAAAAUUCUAGUUCUGAGAACAAAACAAUGAGGGAGGAGGCACAAUGUGAUUCCUAUGAUUUUAAUUUGGUUUUUGAGGAUUUCAAAGGUUAUUAGGAUGUGAGGACUUAGAUAGAAUGAAGAAACUGGCUAAGAUAAAAUUUUUUUUUUUGAGCUGAGGAUCGAACCCAGGGCCUUGUGCUUGCUAGGCAAGCGCUUUACUGAGCUAAAUCCCCAACCCUAGAUAAAAUUUUUAUUACUACAAAAAAACAAAAAAAUGUUUUAUUACUAUUGAGCCUUGAUCCCUGGGAAUAUGAUUUAUAAAAGUAUGCAGCAAGUAGUUUCUGUAAUAUUGCCUUGUAUUUAGAUUGGUCUUUGUUGUGUACCUGCCUGUGUAGGAACAUGGUACCUGGCAGUUCUCUCUUGCCUUCUCACAGAUUUCUGCAACACUCAAAAGGGAUUUAUCAUGUACUUGAGAGAUCUGUCUAAUGUAAGGCCAAAAAACAAAAGACAGCCUGUUCCAAAUCCAGGGUCAGUGCUUGCAUAGCCAGAUACUAUUCCUGUUGGACUUAAGGAUGAUCCUAAGAAAGGUAUGGAUGUAGAAGCUUUAGGUGAUAGACAUUGUGGUAUGCCUUAGGGAUCUGACUGAAAUUUGGGCAGUCUCACUUUUGAGACUGUCCACUAUGUUCUGAUGUUUCUGAGCAUGCAUUCAAGAGCAUCUGUUGCUAAUUCUCAGCUUGGUGGUAAGUACUAUGCAACUCCUAUGCAAAAGUCUAGACACUUGCCUCGUUUAUAUAAGAUUAAUCACAUAAGGUCUUCUAGCUUAAAGGUCAAUUUCACAUGAGGUAAACUUACUAUUUCCUCAACUUUUUAAUUUUCUUAGCAGUCUUUGUUAAAGUAUAUGUAACUUUGUUUCCUGGUUUCACACUAUUUAUUCAUAGAGACACAAGAAUUCAAAAAUAGAAAUCAAGAAUGCUCAGGCCAUGUGAUGGCACAUUCAAUUCCACCACUCAGGAGGUAGAGGCAGGUGGAUCUCUUGAGUUCAAGACCACCCUUGUCUACAGAGUGAGUUCCAGGACAGCCAGGAUUGCACAGGAAACCCUGUCUCAGGAAAAACAAACAACAACAAUAACAAAAAACUCAUGCUCUCACUGACUAACAGUAGGAGCGGAGAAACAAACGAAAGUGAAACUCCAUAUGGUUCUGCUGAGAUCAGAUAGCUCAGUGUUAGAAGAGCAAGUCUGAGGGGUUAAGCUAGUGCUCUGAACUUGAUCCACUAAGAGACCAAAAGUGUACUUACAUGAGCUGGAAAUAUAACUCA